GCGAAUGAAAUUCUAUCCGCCUCGAGCCGUUCAUUCAUUCACUCACUUUUGGGCGGCUUCGAGCGGGACCUUCGCCUUGGGAAAAGCGAAAGGAAACGCCACGCCGCUCUGUUCUGGCGAGCGCGCUUAUCUGGCCAUCAAAUACGUGGUGCUGCUUUGUCGACGGGGUACUUUCACCUGCGAAAAGGCAACCAAUCGAGCAACAAGAAGAAGAAAAAAGCGAAGGAAGCAAGCAAAGAAGGAAAGGAAAGACCAGUGAAGGGGAUCGGGUCAGGGUUUGGGGUUGGUUUUUUCUUUUUCUUUUUGCCAAAUGGCCAAAGGAGAAGGAGCGGAGAGCGUUGCAACUGCGGGUCUUUUGCAGCAAAGUAUCUUGAAGCAAGAAGAACUGAUACGUCCCAAGGUACGUAAGGAAAAAUGUGAGCGGAGGGGAGGGGUUCCCCUUUGGGAGGUCGGGCCGGGGUGGGGAGUUUAGAAAUCCCCAAGGGAUUUGAAGCCGCGAUCCUCGCGCGCUGGGCUCGGGAGGAGGGGAGUUCCAUCGGGCGUUACUCCCGAGGAGGCAUGGCUAGGAAGACCGGGGCUGCCACGUGAGUGGAUCCGCAUGGCUCGAUCCGGAUGGCCUUUGGGAGUUUCUUCUUCUUCAAAGGGCCGUGCAUUGUGUGUGCAAGAGCGAGGCUUUGGAGCAGAAAGCACACUAUAGAUCCGGCGAUUCGCCCCAACGCCGGGAUACGGGUCGUGGCGUCAAAGCGAUGUGGCAGAUCCGAAUCCCGUUGGGAUAGGGGCGUGGGGGUGGUGACGGGAGGACUCCUUAUAAGGUUUAUCCGACCAGAUCAGAGGAGGGGAACGGCCCACAUCUCGGAUGAGGACUGUGGCGGGUUGGAGGCGCUUUGUCCGGGCUGGCUUUUCUCGGGAGGCGCCGGGGCUGAGCUCUCUGCGCGGGACGCUGCGAAGUUUCGCACCGCCUGCUGCGCGAGGGGUGCUGCGCCCCCUGCCUUUCUUCCCCCACAACCUUCGAGUGGUAGUAAAUCGGCUCCAAAGGCCUCCGAGCCGUUCAAGUUCAUUCAUUAGAGACAAGGGCAAACUUUCCUUAAAGGCGCCGCGUUCGCUUUACUCUCGAUGGGUGGGGGUCGCUCGCGCUGUUUUAGCUUCCUGGCAACUAGAAAAUCAGACUUGUUCCCACUUUCUCAUAUGCAUUUAAAAUAUAUACAUAGCGGAGUGGGAGGUCCAGGUGGAAGUAAAGAGGAUAGGGAGCAUAAAGUAAUAACUGAUUUAUAGGGUGUUCGUACUAAUGUACAAACUUAUUACGUUUGUUUUUGUAAACUAUAUGGAAGGGGGGUGUCUAUGUCUAGUUUUUAACUCUAAAGUUUAGAGUCUAAACUUUGGAGGAAAAGGCUAUGUUCCUUCUCCCCCACUGUCAGAGGCAAUAUUCCUCUGAACACUGAGAAUCACAAAUGGGGAGAGUUUUGCUGCUGGACUCUGGUCUUGGCUUUCCAUCUGGUUGGUCCCUGAGAACAGAAUUCUGGACUAAAUGGGCCACUGACCUGAUCCAGAAGGACUCUUCUUGAGUUCUAACCAUGACUUCCAAGGUGGGAUUUUGACCUGUUGGCUUCCUCAUGACUCUUGAAGACUAGAGAAUCUGGGGCAGAGAUGAAAGCUGGUCAAAAGAUAAUAGCCCUGGGCACUAAAUAAAAACUGCCAGUACUGAUAGUAGAUGGUAUUGAUCCUUAUUCCAGGACUCGAAAGGGUAUCGUUGAACAGUUUGCAGUAUGUUGAAUGGGUGCAAAAUGUGUGUGGAAAUUUCACCUACCCAAUAGGUUCUUGUGUGAAUGAAUGAAGUAAGGAGGAGUGUAAUUUAAGGGGUUUGGAACAGCACAUGAACUGCAUUACUAGGAUUAGAGAGAAUGACUUUCAGCGAACCCUGGGUUAAAAGCAGAGAAACACAACACUUCUUGAAUGGGACCAGCCUCUUGUAUAAAGCAGGGGUGCUAUUUUGCAGUGUGUGUGUUUCCCCCCUAUAAGAUUUGAAGGUCCAUUCAUUCAAGCUCGAAUUGCAAAAAGUCAAUAUGCUACAAGAGCAUGUGUGGUUGCUUCAGAGUUAGCAAUAUUAUCACUCAACAUAGGUCAGAGUUAUUAAAAGGGGUGGUGGGAUUCUUGCCAUUUUAAAGUGCUCCUGAGGAGCAAUUCUAUGGAGCCUGCCACACAGCUGAUGGAAGCAAAAGCAUCCCCUCCCCAUGAAAUGCUUUGCAGGCUUCUUCCAGUGUUAGUUGCAACAUCCCUACUGAAGAUGUUGACUCCUUGCAACAGAAGGGAAAGGCGAGAAGCACAGAGGUGCCUUGCUCAAGGUUGCCUGUUGUUGAAUUAGUAUCAGGAUUGGCUUCUGAUAGUGGAAAGCCCAGACCUUACUCCUUGCAAAGGCUUUGGAGACCCAUUGUUACAGCAGCUCCUUGUACUGUGCUGCAUGGGGUGAGAGUAGCUCAUAACUUCCCACAGGGCGCUAUUGAUGAAGCCCGCCUCCUGGGGAAAGUGUACACCAGUGCCGUUGAAGUACGUGUCUCUUUCAGGGCCUCUCCCUUUCCAGUUGCCAGUUCCGGGGCUUGGGGGGUGGGGAGCUGCCCCAGCUGUUCUCCCUGCAAAUGCAGCUGUGCCGCUAAACUUGGCAGCUGGAUUGCUUUGCAGAAUUAGGCUUGUGUUAGUCCACUGCCUCCAUUCAAAGCAGUUGGUUUUGCUGCUUUCUAGAGAAGUUUGCUUGUUAUCUGUAAACCAAUCCCCCGUUGUUAAUCUUCUAGAUUAAAUAUGGUCCAGUGGAUCCAGGGAGCUGUGCGCAUUGUUCUUUUUUCCUGCUUCCAAGUUUACUGUAUAGAUAGAUGGAGCAGUUGCAUUGCCAGGCAGCCACGUGGAGCUUAUGCUGAGUAAUCUUACUGAAAGAGUAAGGCAGGAAAUGUGUGUUUGUGUCUUCCCUGCCCACCAAUUCAAAUCUCACUUCCGCCAUAGAUUCAGUAGGUAGGCUUUUGUGGGUUGCCAUCUGUGUCUCAGCUGUGUCUCAUCUGAAAAAUGGUGAUAGUAAUACUGGCCUGCUUUAUGGGGCUGCUCUGAAGCUUUUCUGAGGGAGCCCAUGGCUUUUCAGUGCUCUGAAGCAAGCAGAGGGAACUUGUGUUGUUGGACUCCAGUUCACAUCAGCCCCAGGCAGUGAUGAGGAAUGGUGGGAGUUCAGCAACAUCUCGAGUGCCACAGUUUCCCCAUCCCAGCCGUACAGUGCAAUGUAGAAAUUUUAAAAAAUUGUGCUGCAAACCUAUACAUAUCUACUCAGAAGUAUAUGGAGAUCAAUGGGGCUUACUUUCAUGGAAGGAAGUGCAUUUUAGGAGUGCAGCCUUAAAGAGAGCACCGCCGCCAGGAAAUGGGGACUUGGAUCGCAGGUGGUACUUAUGAUGGAAACAAAGUGGUGCUUCUCUCCAGAAAAGGUUCAUAUGGCUAAAUACUAUAUAUUUGUGGUGGGAGUCUUGGUUUAGACAGCCAGCACCCGCAGAGUGUGUGUCAUCAGAUGCUUCAUGGAGAAGAGAACCCAUUUUAUGUGGGUUUUUAAAAAUAUCUUUAAGCACUUCAUGUACAGUGGUGCCCCGCAAGACGAAUGCCUCGCAAGACGGAAAAACCGCUAGACGAAAGGGUUUUCCGUUUUGAAGUUGCUUCGCAGGACGAAUUCCCCUAUGGGCUUGCUUCGCAAGACGAAAAUACCUUGCGAGUCUUGAGAGUUUUUUCGCUUCCCCCUUUAUCUAAUCUGCUAAGCCUUUAAUAGCCUUUAAUAGCCUUUUAGCAGCUAAUCCCUAAGCCUUUAAGCCUUUAAUAGCCGCUAAACAGCUGAUAGCGCUAUUAGCGCUAAUCCGUCAAUGGGCUUGCUUCGCAAGACGAAAAAACCGCUAGACGAAGACUCUUGCGGAACGGAUUAAUUUCGUCUUGCGAGGCACCACUGUAACUGGUUAGAGUACUAUUGCAUUAUCUGACCACAGACUGAACUGUAGCAGGUACAUAUCUGAGCCCUUCUGUGGUAUUCAGAAGGUUUAAGGCUGCACACCUAUCCCAAACUCCAUAGGAGUAAACCCCACUGAACUCAAUGCAUCUUCCUUCUGAGUAGAUAUUGUGUGUGUGUAUGAUUAACUGUAAGACCCCGAUUCUUGAGAAAGGGAGGGAGCAAACAUGAUGGAUCUCUCUGGAUUCUACCUUUAAAGCGGCGUACGCACUCUACAUUCAAAGCUCAUUAUUUUUCUCAAGGAAUUCUGGGUACUGCAUUUCACUAAGGGUUGCUGGGAAUGGUGACACUAUGAGGGGUAAACCAUUGUGCCCAGGAUUCUUUGAAGGAAAGAAUGUGAUUUGAGUGUGCUUUAAAGGUAAUUGUGUGUGCAGUGGUACCUCGAGUUACAAAUGCUUCAGGUUACAAACUCCGCUAACUUGGAAGAGUUACCUCGAGUCAAGAACUUUGCCCCAGCAUGAGAACGGAAAUCGUGUGCUGAUGACGCAGCAGCAGCAAGAGGCCCCAUUAACGAAAGCACGCCUCUAAUUAAGAACAGUGUCAGGUUAAGAAUGGACCUCCGAACGAAUUAAGUUUGUAACUAGAGGUACCACUGUACACAGCCUUACCUGGGACUGCUGCUGAUGAUGAUUGGGUGUGGACUAGAGUUAUUCAGUCUUCCAAAAGACUCGGGGUAGCAUAACUGGUCUGGUCUGCAUAAAAUCCCUGUGAGGUAGGCUUAGUCUGAAAGACUGACUGGCCAAAGUUCACCAGGUAGUCUUCCAAGUCCACUGCUCUACCUUUGGGGAGGGCUGCUACAUAGAGAGAGAGCACCUGCUUUCCAUACAAAGGGUUCUAGGUAAUCCCAAGUAUCGCCUGGUAGGGCUGGCAAAGACUCCCCUCUGAAACCCUGGAGAGCCACUGGCAGUUGGGAAGGCUAAACUGUGGCUCCUCAGAUGUUGCUGGGCUUCAGUCACCCCAACAUUAAGAGAACCAGAUAUAGGCUAGCGGUGGGGAAGCAGUGGUCAUAGAAUCAUAGAACGGGAAGGGACCCUGAAAGUCAUCUAGUCCAAGCCCCUGCAAUGCAGGAAUUUCAACAUGCAUUCCCCCAUCCAAUUUGAAAUCAUACCAGACCCUGCUUAGCUUUGCAAAUGUGCUAGCAUUUUAAUGAAUGAAUGAUGAUGCUAUUGCUGCACCACUAGGAAAUUGGUCGGUUCUGAAAUUAUUACUUGUUUAAGAAGUAGGCUUGUCAUGACCAUAGAUUUGUAUGCCAUGAUGAGCUUAUUAAAAGUAAAUAUUCUGCAGCCUGUAAAUGAUGUAUAAAAUAAACAUUUCACCCCACCCCCUGAAUAGACAGGGAACAAAAAGAUAGGGAGAGUUAGCAGGAAAUUAGUGUUGUGGUGUGGAAUGCAUUGCCACGCACACACAAGCAACACACCCACUCUGGGCAACUUCUGUUGUCCGUCCUUGAUGCAACUCCAUUGUCCACUUGAGGCAGAGCUGUUUGCAAACGUUGAGUGAGCAAUGUAAAUCUUUGCUAGUAAGAGUGGGGAGUAGUAAAGCUGUCUGCUCAAAUAUGCCUUGAGCUAAUACAACCAGAUAUGACACAUUGCUUGGAAGUCAUUCAAGGCUCUGGACUGAUAAAUGCAAGAAAGUGAUUAAAAAAACCACACACAACCUCAACUAGUUGCAAAGUUGUUAGGUUGCCAUGCUGUUCCCACAAGAAGCUGAAUAUGCCCAGGAAUGAUGGUGGCUAAUUUAGUACGUCCUGUCCUCUGUUUUCCAGAGAGAAAGCAAAGGAAAGCUAUCGAUAUGCAGCAAAGUGUGUUAUGCCAUUGGCGGAGCGCCCUACCAGAUCACUGGCUGCGCCUUGGGCUUCUUUCUGCAGAUUUACUUGUUGGAUGUGGCUCAGGUAAGUCUGACCAGCUUGUAUGUUUGCUUUUUGAGGGGUGGCCCAAAGGUGAUGGAAUGCAGCACUCCACUGAGUAACCUUCAAAUUGAAACAGAAGGUUGGCAGGAGAAGGGUUUUCGCUAUGCCUGACAGGCCCUUGCAUGAAGGCUGCCUUUGGAUAUACUGUAGCUAACAAUAUAGCAGAAGAGAGUGGUAGAGUUCUGUUGCUGGAGGAAGGUCCAUAGCUUAGUGAUGGAGCAGCUGCAUUGUAUGCAGAAAGUCGCAGGUUCAAUCCCUGGCAGGUAGGGCUGGGAAAGACUUCCUGUCUAAAUACCCUGGGAGCCACUGUCCAUCAGAAUAGACAAUAUUGAGCUAGAUGGAUCUAUGUCCUAACUUGGUAUAAGGCAGCUUUCUAUAUUCCAGUGUAAAUUAUGUUGUUUGCAGGAGUAGCAUUUCAUGAUACAAGUUCCUCUUCCAAGGAAAAUGUGCCCUACUAGCCACCUGGGGCUUGAAAACCCUCCAGUUUUUUGAUGCCUGCCUGAGGGGUUUUUCCAAGCACCUGACAGGCUGCACUUUGGAGCUGCUGGUCUUUGUGUUAUGGUGUCAUCUCUCCCUGCCUGCUGAGCUUCUGUAAUGUGUGGCAGGUCACAAGUUGUUCAAGCUUAGUGGGGGCAGACAAAGACCACCUGAGAUGACAAAGACAAGUGGUGCACUUGGAAAGCAUAACUGAUGGAACCUCACCUUGUACUCACGUGCUUCCACACCUUCAGUCUUAAGCUGCUCGACCUGAAUUGGAUCUCUUCCUCUCCCGCAUAGCUGGACCCUUUCUAUGCAUCCAUCAUCCUUUUUGUGGGCCGCGCAUGGGAUGCCAUUACUGAUCCACUGGUGGGUUUCUUCAUCAGUAAAACGUCAUGGAGUCGCCUUGGACGCCUGAUGCCCUGGUAAGCUGGUUUUUGCCGAAAUUUGGGAUUCGUAAAGCUAGUCAGUGCACAGUGCUUGUCACUAUGUUGAGAAGCACAUGCAUUUGUGAAUGGAGUGGGGGCCUGUCUCGGGGCAGAUCGUUCAUAAUAUGGCUCCCCAUAUGAAGCCAAAAUUUGGCAAUCUUCUCAUAUAUCUUCUCAAUUUUGCGCCCCCUUGGCUUAAUCUCCUGUGUAGGGGAAACUCCUGAGGCAAGCAAGAGGCAUUGUUCGAGAUAAGGACAAAUUACUCUAAACCAUCAGGAGGGAGGAAAGGAACCCACCAGCUGCAGGAAUAGAAGUUUUUGGAUUAACUAUCUGCAGUCUGGAUUCAGGCUGUUCUUCCUAGGCUGGAAAAAUGGCUUUUUUCUUUCUUGGCUUCCCCUGCAAAAUGAAUGAGCCGUGUGUAGUCGUAGCUAUGUUAUUCUGUCUGAUAACGAGGAAAAGAGAGGGCAGGCAUUUGGUUUAUGCCCAACAAAGGAUUUAGCAAUGUUUUAUUAUGCACUCCCCGCUUGACUGAGGUUGAAUGGGCUUUAUUUAAAUUAUCUUUGGACUGAACCAGGAGUGUAAAGGAGCAACUCAGAGUAAGAUGAUGAACGGUUGCUUAUUCAAUCUGGCAAGAGAUUGCAUUUGUGAACAGGCUUUGUUUUUUUAAAACUGCAUGCUGAGGAAGAACCCCAGAGUGGAACUUUAAUGGCAGAGAUUGGUCAUUCUAGUCUCCUGUGUAGGGGAAACUCCUGAGGCAAGCAAGAGGCAGUCUCCCAGUGCAAGGACACAUUGCAGCCAAACGGUGUAAUGCAGGGGCAGUGAGGGGUGUGGUGAACUUCCUGAGGGCCAGAUAGCUAAGUCUGGAAGGCUACAUCUAGCUCCCAGGCCAGAGGUUCCCCACCCCUAGUAUAGGUGAAAACUGGGGAACAGAUCCUUUUAAUAAUACUGUCAUCACUGACAUAGCUGUCAACUUACAGAUUUGAAAAUAAGGGACCAGCAGCCAAAAUAAGGGACCUGCAGCCUCACCUGUUCCAGGCACUCCAGUCUUCCUGUCCUCCUGCAGUCUGGUCAAACUCAUGCUGGUAGCUUCGAGAACACUGUCCAACCAACUUUGUAACCAGAGGUUCAACUGACUAGAAUCUGAAUCACAUGCACCACAAGGCCUAUGCAGCCUCAACUUAAGAUGGCUCCCCAGCCUGGCUUUGCACUGCAAAGUUUGCAGCAGCACGUGCAACAAAAUGGCGUCCAGCAUUCAAAAAAACCCUCAGCUUGCAUUAACUAGCCACACACAAGGCAUGCAAGCUCCACCCCCCAGUCGUUCUUAGACUUCUUAUUGGAUGAGCAGCACAGCCAAGCAACACAGUUGGAGCCUCCCUCCUCCCUGGCUGGCAAGGGAGGGAGGGAGAGGAGCUGCUUCCUUUGAAAUUUAAGGGACAUCCUUUAAGGGACAUUUAAGGGACAUCCAUCAAUAAGGGACAGCAGCGGGACAUGGCGCUGGAAUAAGGGACUGUCCCUUCAAAUAAGGGACACUUGACAGCUAUGAUCACUGAUAGUCAGAGGCUCCCUGUCAAGCAGGGUUGCAGCUCUUUCUGGAGAUAGAACCUUCGAACUACAGCUUUCCCCAUCUAAUACUGGAGAAUGUUAAUGACUGGAAAGCUUUUGGUGCCUGGGCAAACAGCAGCUUUUCCCCCCUUGAGGACUAGGAGAGUGCUGCCACCUCUUUCCUAACAGGCCUACGCCUCCACAAUACUCUUCACACAUUUGGCGCAGAAGAAUCUGGAAGGCAGUAUAUUACCCAAAUAUUUCCUGUUUUCAGUACUUGGAGAAAUUAGGGAAGAGAGAGGUUGUCUGAAGGGUGGAAAUGUGCUUAAAUUAGAACUUGCAGUGGGACCAGAAACCAUUGUGGCUAUUCAGAUUCCUAUGGAUAAAGUGGAACUUCUUGAUAAAUCAAAGUUGCAGCAAAAUAAAUAAAAAAGGGCUAACUAGCACCCUGGGAUUUAUAAGGAAAAGCUUCCUAGGAGACAGCUGCUUAUGUCUGAACUUUCCCAAUCCUCUUUCAGCUGACAGCAAUAGCUAGUUAUGGCUGAGGUAUAGUGGCAGCCUCUGAAUCUGGGAAUCAUUUGCAUCUGUUACUAGGAUUGCAUUGCUCACUGGCUGAAGGGCCUAACGGUAGAUAACAUAUGAAAAAGGGUUGGGUGGGGAGGAGCUGCCCAGGGAGAAAUUAGAUAUGCCUUUCCUUGGUAGGGCAUGAUUAUACUCUCCACCCCACCCUUUGGGGUUCUUAAAUUUGCUGGUGCAACUUGGUGCUUUUUGUUUUGCUUCUGUUGGCCUUAAACCCAGGCCCAAAAUAUCCCUCCCCCACUGCUCUUGCCUUUGCUGAGGUUCCAGGACUGGAAUAAAGGGCGGGUGUCUGCCCAGCCAGCAUGCAAUGAUGCUAUUUGGGUUCAGUCCAGGAAGGCCAGUCAGAAGCCAGAAAAAACUCCUGUUGGCAUCUCACAUAGACUGGAGGGGCCUACAACAAAAUGUUGCUGUGUGCAAUGUUGCUGUUCAGGGUACCUGUCAGUGAACUGGGCCCCCUUUCAUGUAAUUCCAUUUCAUUCCCAUCUCCUAUCCCCUUCCCCCCUUUGCCUCCUCAUUUUCUGGGUCAGCUUUCUGCUCUGUGCUUAUUGGGUUGUUCUCUGGGUUGUCCUUGUGGUGGUGAUUUGGUACUUCUGCAGGCCUUAGGGUCCGUAUGUCUAUUCCCACCCCCACUCCCCAAAGUAUGCCAUCUGUGGGGAGGGUACUUCUGUUUUCACUGUAUAGGGAUUGGCUAUUGGAGAAGCAGUUAGCCAUUGAUAUACUGUUUCACAGCGAUGGAAUACAGUCGUACCUUGGAAGUCUAACAGAAUCCGUUCCGGAAGUCCAUUCAACUUCCAAAUCACGGCUUCUGAUUGGCUGCAGGAAGCUCCUGCAACCAAUCGGAAGCCCCAUUGGAUGUUCGGGUUCCGAAAGAACGUUCGAAAACUGGAACACUCCCUUUUGGUUUUUGAUCGUUUGGGAGCCAAAACGUUUGACUCCCAAGGCGUUUGGGAGCUGAGGUAUGACUGUAAUGGGAUUUAUACCCCAACAUACUCUGGAGUGCCCAGGCUCCCCAUGUUAGCGGUAUAUAAUAUAGAUCCUCAUUGGCUUUUUAUGAUAUGCUAAUAAAAUGCUGGCCAGGAUGUCAGCAGGAAGUGGGUGGGGGCUAAUUAAGUUUGUUGGGAGUAGGGGACUAGUUUAUUCUUGGGAAGCAAAAAAAAUUCUGCAGUUAGGAAAGUGGCUCAGCCAGAUACCUUUGUUGGCAUUAGUAAAUAUGACUCACAAAGAAAAGGGGUGUCAGUAGUGUCUGGAAUGUGUUAAUGAAUAUGUAGAAACAAAUGUGACUUCAUCUUCACCUGUACGUGGUCUCAUGGAAAUCUUUUGUAAGCGGGCCCAUUGCAGAACAGAAAGCAGAACACCCUAGCUGUGACAUUGUCUAGGCCAUUGUUAAGCUAGAACUGAUUCUUUUAAACCUAUUUUAGUAAUAACUUGCCUGGCAAUUUAUUGCAGCUGAGAUAUUUCUGGGCAAGGCUUCCUGCAGUUGAGUUGAAGUUUGUGUGAGUCUGCUUAAUACCUUCCAUAGCACCAGUGCUUCUCCCUCACUUUUGCAUCUCGGAUGAUGAGUUGCAAAUACAGUAUUGAAAGUCCAGAAUAGCAACAUGUCAGAGAGCAGUUAAGUUUAGUGAUUUCUGAUGUGGUAAGUGGGCUGAGCAGAUGGCUUAUGAGGUCGUGUCCUUAUCAACCUGAGUCGGCUUGCUUCUCUCUAAAAUUGGCUCCCUGUCCAUCGCACGUCUCUCCAGUCAGGCUUGCAGGGAACAGGGCUCGCUCCUGCGAUGCAAUCCUGUCCACAUCUCCUUUGAAGUAAGUCCCACUGUCUUUGAUGGGGCUUAGCAUGCAAAGGCUUGUAGCCUUAUUCUAAUAUUGCCCACAACAUCUUUAGCAUGUUCUCUGCAGUGGCUUUUGGGCGUCUUCCCUCUGCAAGAAGUAGCCACAAGGAGAGAAACACAGGUGUGGGUGGGUGUUUCUGGAACACACGCUCAAUUUGCAGACAAUGACUGUGAGGACCCUAGAAGGUGCCCCAUUAAGAUUUGCAGGGGUUCUGUGGUAGGUGAUUGAGGACUUCUCUGUACAAGUGGUAAACCAAGAACAAACCUUGGUUACAGCUCAUGGUUUGUCUGGCCCCAGUUUGGUUCUGGUAGUAGCAGAAGAAGCACUGUGGCUGUGAUCUUUGCUUGGGAAACUUGCUCAUUUGUGCUAAGCUGUGGUUUAGCGCAGCAUUUCAUGAAAACUGAGCCAGGCUUUUACAACUCAGUAAUAAUAUUGGGCGGUAUUAUUAUUGCUUGUUACUAUGUUAUGUAUCUUUGUGUUUUUUACAUUGUAAACUGCCCUGUGCUCCUAGGAUGAAGGUUGGUAUAGAAAUUUAAUAAAUCUUAAUAAUGAUAAAUAAAACACUAAUAAUAAUACAGCGAAAAUUUUGCUUUUAAAAACUUCAACAUGGAAGCAAGGGUUACUUUUGAAAAAUCUGCUUUAAAUUUUUUAAAAAAUUAGUAUCUCCUCUCCCCCUCCCGCCCCCGCCUCACACUUUCCAUUCUGAUUUGAAGCCGAGCUGAAAAUCAAACUCUUUCCCUUUCCCCAAGAGCAAUGUGUGUGGAAGGAAGCUAUUUCACACAUGGCAGAGGAAAUGGUUAAAGCUGGUGGGCGGGGAAGGAGAAGAGAUUGCGGUGGAACACACCAUCGAGCUCAGCCAAUGGAGAGCCAGGGUGUGUGCCUGUCUAGCCUGUUUCAUAUAUCUCUGCGGAUCAGCGGGUGGGGGUUACUAGAAGUCAAACUGCUGGGAGACUCUGUCACUCUUAGAAUGGGUUGGAGAGGAGGAAACGGAUGAAGCUAGCCGUCUGGUCUUGAACUCUGUAGCAGUCAUUCUUGCUAAAAAGGUGUUUUACAAGGGGAUCUCCACAAGGGCAUCCCCACUGUAGGCUGUGGACGCUCCUCCACUUUCCGCACCACUAUCAAGCUAUGUAGAGUUUAUGGGGAUUUUUUUUUUAAGCCCAGGGGCAAGAGGAAGGCUAUGCAAAUACUGAGUAUCUGGAAGCAGUUCAGAAUAUCAGGACGCUUGUGAUUGUCUUAGUGUCCUACACACGUCACCUUUCCAUUCCGCGUCAUGGGAAUUGGUGUGCUGUGGGGCAAAAUGCCCAUGAGUCACAUUAAAAUAAUUUCUCUCUUCCGUCUGCUUCCCUUGCCAGAUGGAGAAAAGUAGUUUUGCACACACCCUGAGGGAUGAAUUUAAUUUUCGGCCACAUGGCUGCAGCCACCAAAAGAGAAAUGAGAUUCCUAAGAAUUCUACCAGGAUUGCCCAUGCCUGUUUAUUAUUAUUAUUAUUAUUAUUAUUAUUAUUAUUAUUAUGCCCACGUAAUAUGUGCACAGAAACCUUUUUUUUAAAGAAAGAAAAGAAAAACUAAUUCAGACUUGCUCUCCACAAUAGCUCUUGUUACCCUUGAACUCACUUAACAGUGGGGCAGUUCCUGCCCCACAUAGUCCUUACAAUCCAUGUGAAGUAAGACUGGUGGGCACAGCCCCCUAGCUAUCGGUCACAUGGCAUCACAAUGACAUCAAGUGCAAAGAGCUUUGAAGUGCUAAAGUUGGGACUUCAAAGCCCCUUUCAAGGCGCUGCUAAAACUUGUUUUCCCAUUCAAAUCCAUCCUUGAAUCAGGAAGGGGUUUGUCUGGAAUCUUGCUCAUUUCAGCUAUACUGCUAUGUUCCUGCAUGAGAAACAUUCAUGCCCAGCCAGCACAGGAUUUCUCCUCCCCCUUCUGCCCAUCAGAUAACUGAAGUCAGUUGAAGAAUGGGUGGGCAUUUUCUGGGGAAAGUUGCCUCUCAGACCAAUUCAGACCCCCUGGAGAGCCAAGGUUGGCCUACAAGCUGGAGGUUUUGAGAAUGCAGAAAGUCCAAAUGACAGUACACACAUUUCUAGCGUGUACAGUCCACAGAGAAGUCCUACACAAAGGCUUAUUGAACCGAAUGAGAACUGCACCGAGAGAACAGUAAAUGUGUUCUUGCAAGGCUCCUCUUCAUUUUAAUGAGGCCUAUGCAAGAGCACAUUCCCAUUAUAGGUUGUGUCUUCUAGAUCUCUCUUGGCAACCUUGAGUUUAGUUAUCAAAGGGUGUGUACACGUGUGUAACCCAGUGCCACUUUUGAUUUUUGCCUCUGUGCAUUAGCUAGCAGGUGAAAGGCAAGAAAAAGCCAGCCAGUCCUCCCCCAACCCAACCCCACCUGGAUUGAGCAUCCACUCUUCUCAUGUUAGCCUCUGCUUAUGUGCUGGGGGGGGGGAGCUUUGCUUGGUUGGAUCCCUAUUCUCUAUGCUUAUUAGACUGGAAGAGCUGGGAAAAGUUGACGAGCAUUAGGCCAACUUCACUUAGGAGGAAUAUGGUUCUUCCUCCCCUGUCGGAGACACUGUGCCUCUGAAUACCAGUUGCUGAAAACCACGGCAGAGAAGGGGGGUUGUUGUGCUCAGGUCUGGCUGGCUGGCUUGCUUCCUGCAGACAACUGUGAGACCGGGAUGCUCGAUUACUAGCUUGAUCUAGCCGGCUUCUCUUACGUUCACCAGGUCCUUUCCUGUAAAAGGAUUUAGCAGUUUCUCUCCUAGGGAAUAAAUGGAUAUCUUCCCCUUUGUCUCUUCACCCCAAUCCCCGCCCUCCGUCUCUAUGUACUCCUCUGUCCUGUUGAUAACGUAUCCUUGCUACAGAGAAUGUGCAUACAGCAACGCACUCCGGUUUCCUGGAGGACCAGUGACACAAGAGGUGUUGAAUGAUAAAGACCUAGGUUUCCAGUUAAGGGCGAAAGCUGUAGCCCGAGUUGCCUAUGUUGCAGGAUACGCCACUGCUUUCCAGCAUACCGCCUGCAUUUUCCCCCUGGGUUUUUAUUUGUUCUGGGGUGUAUGUAGAUCUUUAGCUUAUUUGGGGGAGGAAUUCUGAACAUUGCCAGUUUUCCUUCUGUGAAAUGCAUAUCUUGUGGAAAUAAACCCACCUGAGUUGACUAGCUUGCAGAAAUAUUUGGCCUUUCAAGCCACACUUAUUUAUGCUAGUUUUCUGUGGCUUACAAUAGGCUGGCGACCUACACCUAAUUCUUUGUCACUGGAUGGCCAAGUGGCUGUUUAAAAGUCUGUCUUAUCAUGUGGUCCUGCGUGGGAAGUAGAUACACAAAGAAAGCCAGUUCACUUCUCUUUUCUGAGUGAGGGAGGUAGUGAAUUCCUCUCUUUGGGUGGAGAAGGUGGCACUUUAGUUCCUUGGUUUAGCUUUCCUCGCCUCACACGAACAGCAUGUAGACUUCCCCUGCCUCCCUUCCAGUCCUGCAAAAUGCUUAGCUCCUCCUGAAGCAGACAGACCUUCUUGCCAAAUCUCUGCUUUGUUGCUCACAACAGGUUCUAAAGCUCAGCAGGCCUGCUCCUGCUGCCUCAUUGAGGGAGACUGUGUGAUCAAAGCCCCACUGCACAAAACCUUACUCAGCUCUUUAUGCUCUCUGGAACUUUGCCUCUUCUCUCUCUCUCUUGUUUCUCUGUCUCUCUCUUCUCCUACCCACCCAAUCCCGCCCAAGUACUGACAAGCCUGGAAUUAUAAGCUUGUAGGACUGCAAGCUGAAUAUGAAGGUCAUCUAAUCCCUUGGAGCUGAACCAAGGGUUCUGACCAUGAGGCGGGGCUCACAGGGAUACAUACCGCAGCCAUAGAGUGAAGAGAAUGACAAUUAUACUUGGCUUUGUUUCCAGUUGUCUUAGCGUUUCCCAAGGAUUGUGUCAGUAUUUGCUUCCUAAAAGUAGGCCGGUAUAAUUAUCCUUUAUGAUUCAGGUCAGGGACUUGGAUUUGGUGGCUUUUCCAAGGCGGCCUAGUAAGUUCACGACUGACAUCAGCUUUAACUCCUCCGUGGUAAUGAGAACUGCUGUGGCCCCCAGCAGCCAUUGAAAGGAACAGGAAGGUGAAAACCCUGUUAGGUCAAGACCAAUAGAACUUCUACAGAGGUGGUCAAUGGACUACGUCCCUUGCAUUUAAAACCAGACGAAUUCGUAUCAAAUUAUACUUUUUCUCUUCCUUUUCCUCUCUCCGAACCCCAAACUAUAUCAGGUUUUUCUCAUCUUGCUUCAAUUUUCAACAGGAUUAUAUUCUCCACUCCUUUUGCUGUGAUCUCCUACUUCCUGAUAUGGUUUGUGCCCGACAUCUCUCAAGGCCAAGUGAUGUGGUAUCUCUUCUUCUACUGCAUCUUCCAGACCCUCGUGACAGUGAGUCCCUCAUCUUCUUGUGCACAUCCUGCAUUUUGCUUUUGAGCAAGGGUGGGAAACUUCCAGCCCACAGGCCAGAUUUGGCCCACAAGGCCAUUUCCCCCAAAACUGCACCUCAUUUAGCUCACACCUGACAUCAUAUGGGAUGUGGCCAGACCAGCUGCGGAACUGAAUUCCCUGUGGGGCAACUUGAUCGUAUAUCGCCAAUGCCUGCAGAAAGUGGCUUUGCCAGUUCUCUGCUUAGUGUGCUUUGCGGAACGUAGGCCUGGCAGAGCCCUUGCAAUGUACUUACCGAGUGCAAGAGUUCCUUCCUUCAGUUGGCACUGCUAGCAGAGGGACUCGGGAGCAGUUUCACCAGCAAUAUGUCAUUGAGUGAAACCGCCAUCCCACCCUGUCCUCAUACGAUGGAGAGGGAGGAACAAGCUGUAUUGCUGAGGUGCCAAUACAGCUUCUUCCUCCCUCUGCAUCUUUAAACUGCACAGCUGCCCUUGCCUCAGUUGAGCAGUUAAAGGAGCCCCCAGUCCGGUGCUGGAUCCCGCAAGCCAGUGGUGGCUCUGUGAAAGUGCUCACCUGAGGGGAGCGCGGUUGCCACUCCCCACAACGAGCAGUUAAAGGAGCCCUGAUGGUAUGGCCACUUGUGCGCGCGCCCCAGGGUUGUCUCAGCGGGGGGGGGACCUUCUCUCCCCCCACCUGAGCAGUUUAAACAAGCUGCAUUGUCCCAGCCUGCGAGCCUGGGGGAAGCCGCCUUGGCUGUCAAGGUGAGAGCUGGGGCAGGUCACCUAGUCUCUUGGGCAAAGGCCAAUGCAUCUUCUUUUUCCAACAUCACGGUAUAUCGCCAAACCACAAUGUUCGGCUGGUGAUACAGCGCGAUGUUGAAAAGCUGAUAUCGCCCAGCCCUAAUCUUAAAUAAUAAAACUGAACAAGUGUGCACCGUAUGAAGGUGUCUGUAUGUUGGUCUUGUUUGCCUCUAAGCACCAGGCCCUCAGCAGGUCCGUGAGCCAUUGGCUGCCUGUCUGCAGUGACUGCACCACAGAGCAGGUUGGGGGGGGGGAUGCUUCAGAGACCGAAUAUGCUACUGGCCCCUGGCACACUGGGGGGGGGGGGAUGCCAGCCCACCACAUCAGAUAGUUUGAGAAAUGCUGAUGUAAAACUUUCUGUAAAUGGGAAAAGUCUAGUCUAGUACCAUUGAGAAGGAUUUAAGGCCCUUUCUAGCUAGGCAUGUGCUUGCCACAUGUUGUUGUGUCUCUUGGUCUGGUUUUCAUAUUUAAAUGCCUGAGGAGGAGGGGUUCCUGCUUGCCACAAGAUGGGAUCCUGGUAGAUCUAGACAAUGGAAGUUGGGCAGAUUUUGAGUUAUGCUCUAUUUUUGCAGGUUGAGCAGUCUCUAAAGUUACCCUAUCUUAUUUUGAGGGCUUGGCUUGUCCAGUAGGGGGUUUAUCCUCUUCAGGUUGAGAAGCUUGGCACGCGUCAGGCCCCGAAGCCUUGCUUAACUCUUCUUCUACAUCACCCCAUCCCCACCACACCCUCCUAAAAUAGCAUCCACUUCGCAUUCGCUUCUCCUUUUGUAUAUUGUAAUUGCAGGUUGGACAAGGGUAUGUGUAGUCUGACUUCCUUAUUUGCUUGUUCUCCUCUGCAGUGUUUCCAUGUUCCGUACUCGGCCCUCACCAUGUUCAUUAGCAGGGAGCAGAGUGAGCGAGAUUCUGCCACUGCCUACCGUAAGAACAGCCACUUCCUUGAAUGUUGAAAUGCUUGUGCUCCUUUCAUUUGAGAGUCUCUCUACUUCUUCCCCCCACCCUUUGCUCUCUUGCCCCAGCUAAUUGUGUUUUAACUGUGAAUUGCUGGGACUUCAGCAUGAAAUUUGCUCAUAUGCCCCGCUCAGUUGCAUGUGGAGGCUUGAAAUUUUGGGUGUGUGCCUCUGGUUGCUAUGGCUGGAGGUCUAUACGUUUGCUGAUGAUGGAGCGUCAUCGUUGUUACGUGCAGUAAGGUGUGCAUUUGAGUGGAAGCAACUUGCUGAAAAGGGGAGAGACUUUUCAGGCUGUUCCUGUCUACUUUGGAGUGUUUACUUAAGACAGGAAGAACACACCUUUGCAAAGCUUGUGUUCAGUGCCUAGUGAUAGUGGAUGAAUUGUGCAGGACAGUUUGGAAAACGCAGGACAGGAGCAUUCAAAAUACAUUUUUUUUCAAUGGAAAUUGGACAUUAAGAUUCCCGGGUUGUGAAUAAUUAGCUUUUCAGAAAUCUCUCCUCUCAGCAUAUCUGUACAGGUGAUCUAUUUGUCCCACACUUCUGCUCUCUCCCAAAUUUCAGGAAGUUCACCACUGUUAAGUUCCUUGGAAUGGAUGCAAAUCAGCCUCUCAUUACAAAAAUAAAUAUUUGCAUUGAUCUGGGGCUGUUCUGCACAUUAGUCAGAACAGCCCCAGAUCAACAGAACUCUGGGGCAAUAGAACUCUGGUUGUGCCACUUAGAAAGGUAGGGGGCAUGUUAUGGGGAGGGAAUUCACAUACCUCACUUGCAAUCUUCCAAUAUGCAAUAAAGUAGGCCACUCAAUUUUUCACAUGGGGGAGCAUUAAAAAUUAAAUUCUUUGCUCCCACUACAGUGGUAAUGUCCAGAUUUUACCUCUUAAUAUGUAGAAGAGUUAUUUUCAACAAUUUUAAUAUUUAGACCAGAGACCAAAAUGUAACCUCAGUCAAGAGGAGCUUUUGAGCAACUGCAAGAAAAGGCUGAGGCUCAGAGGCAGUUCACAUUCCUCAUGGAUCCAAUUUUCCUUCUACAUUAUGAAGGAAUUCUAUCUCUUGACUAGGAAAUGAGGGGCUGAAUUCUGUUCAUGUUUAUUUACUAUAUUUAUUUAUUUAUUGACCAUAUUUGUUUCCUGCAUUUCUUCCAAACUCAAGACAGCAUACUUAAUUCUUCUCUAUUUUAUCAUCCCAACAACCCUGUGAGAUAGGUUAGGUUAGACUGAGCAAUGGUCACUGGCCCAAGGUCAUCUGGUUAUCUUCGUGUCAAAGUGGGGUUUUGAACCUGAGUCGUCUUGGUCCAAACAUCUACACCCCACCGGGUAUUUGGGAAUAUCCAUUUUAAGUAGAUGCUGACUUGGAAAUAGCUUCCCAGGAGACUGUUGGGAGAUGACUGAAUACCUUUUGCAAAAUAGGCUCCGUUGCUAAGUAGGUUAAACCAGAAAUGGGCUUGUUUAGCCAACUUGUGACAGUUAAACUUGCCGGGCGAGCUAGGUUUUCAUACGCCAUUUCUGGCUCAACAGUACACUUACUAGCCCUAAUCACCGCUUGUGCAUCCCUUUCCUGCAGGCAUGACAGUGGAAGUGCUUGGGACCGUCCUGGGAACAGCCAUCCAAGGGCAAAUUGUGGGCAAAGUGGGCACGCCUUGCAUUCCAGACCCGCUCUGGUUGAACAUUGGCAAUACUUCUUCAGUGGCCAUGGAAGAGGUCAACAUCACCCAUGACACUGGCUCACUCACGGACACGGUACAGAUCCCUUUUGAGCAUUCCCUAAUCCCGCUUGGUUGGGAUAAUAUAGUAAGGGGUUUAGCGGAAGCCCGUGGCUGCAGAGCUGGGCUGGAGAGAGAACUCUUCCUCCUCCUGCUUCUUCGUCAAGAAGACCGUCUAGCAGCCAGGCUGAAUACGCACUGAUGCUCCAGGUUCAGAGGGGGCAGCAUGCCUCCAAAUGCCAACUGCUAGGCAGCAGCAAAAGGAGAGAGAUCUCUUGGCUACAUGUCUUGUUUGUGGGCUUCCCAGAGACAUUUGGCCACUGUGUGGAACAGGAUGAUGGACUACAAAAAGGAUGGGAAAUUUGCAUCUCUCCAGCUUGUUGGACUUCAUUUCCCAUCAGCCCCAACCAAAACACUCAGUGAUGGUGGUUGAUGGGAGUUGUAGUCCAGUAACAUCUGAAGGGCCACAGGUUCCCCAUCCUUGGACCAGAUGAACCUUUGGGUUCUUACAUUCUUAUGCUAUCAUCCCAGGUUUCUUUUGCCUUGAUUAAAUUGAACUUUGCCAUAGGACCAUUUUUAACUGGAGGUGCAGCAAUCAAACCCGAUGCUGUUUCUUGAUGCUUUAAUACCCUCCUCCCAUUGAAUUCCAGGUCAGUUUAUAUGAAAGGAAAGCUACACUUUCAUCUCAGCCUGUUCAUAGUGCUGAUUUAAUGCUUAAUGUGCUUUGGGCAAAGAGCAAAAUACAGAUGUAAUAAUAAUUAAAAGCUGUUGGGUUUUUCUGGAAUGGUGACUUUUAUUUUACUCCAUUGUCAGGCAAGCAUAUGAUGGCCUGUUUUGCACGUCACACCAUGCCAAACCAUGGCUUAGCAAGAGCAUAGAGGCUUCAGGCGAACCACAAGCUGUAACCAAGGUUUGCCCUAUGGUUUACAGCUUAAGUUUUGUUUGGAAGCACCGACUAAACCAUAAGUCCAGACUUGGAGAAAUGCGCUAAGCCAUGGUUUAGCAUAGCACAGCGCAACUGCAGAGCAGCCAGGGAGAAGCAAAGCCGCCACAAUCUCCUCUCCUGAUGCCCACAUGCUCAUGCGUUUGUGCCAAGCCAUUCUGGAAAACAUCACCUCUCAUCUGGAUGUGCCAUCUUUGUCCCCCCCCCCCAACCUUGUUUCCUAUCCUUGUACAGAGAAAUGCCUACAUGAUCGCAGCUGGUGUCAUCGGUGGGAUAUAUAUUCUUUGUGCUAUCGUCUUAUCUGUGGGUGUUCGAGAAAGACGAGGUGAGCAAGGACAGCUUAAGUGACCUCUGCAAAGUGGGUGGAGGGGAUGGACUCCAAAAGGAAAAGUCCAGGCAUAAUCUGCCAAGAAAUUAGCUUGCUUGUGACAAAGAUGGAUGCAAGUUGAGUAGUGCAGAAUUCAUACUGGCUCCCAAAGGAGUCCAUCAAAACCUGCCUUUUACUUCAUCUAGCUGAGUAUUAUUAUUGUUGUUGUUUUAUUAUUGUUAUUAUUAAACUGCUUAACACCGUAGUGUCUACUCUGACUGCCAGCAGCGCUCCACUGUUUUUGACGGGGUGUUUUUCCCCAGCCCAACCUGGAGAUGCUAGGGAUUGAACCUGCAACCUGUUUAAUGCAAACUGUGUGCUCUGGCACUGAGGUCGGUUCCCCUCCCAUUACUUACAUGGACCUAUUUUAAAUAUAUAACAACCAAACCAUGGUUUGGCUUUCAUAAGCAUAUUUCCACUCACAUGCAUUCCUCUUCUGUUCCACCCACCUCAUACUUCCAAUUCAUAGAGUUUUUUCUGGUUUGAGAGAACUAGGAUUAUCCAUGAAACAUUCGGUGCACUCCUAAUGUGCUGUAUAAGCAUCUGAUCUCUCCCCCCCCCCCCCCGCCCCUACUAGAAAAAGGAGACAUGCUUUGUCUUUUCUUCCCAUUGGGCAUGUAAUCAGGCUGGUUUGAUAGUUGCAAAAUAAUCUACUCCUUGCCUCUUGGGGAUGGAUGUCCUUAUUGUGCCAGCACACAACAUGGGCCAAUCCCUUUUAAUACAUGGGCUGACUUCAAGGGAGCAAAUGACACACAGGGCAAGAAUUUCCAUUGCAAGAAUUUCCCGUUGCAUAAACCAAGUGUCACCUAUGUAACUCCAGCUCCUUGUGGAAAAGCCCCUGACUUUUGCUGGUUGAAACCAGCCAUUGGGGAGGGAAGCUGGCCCUUACGAUCUUUGUUCUGCAUUCUCAAAGGCCUCCUUGUCACUCAAGUUCCUCUUGAGGUUUUUAAUCCACUCAGCCUCAAGGUGUGCUGGAGGCCACAUUUGCAGGGGGCUUAUCAAAAGAAUCACCCACAGCUAUGAAAUAUUGUCCCUCUUCUUAGAUAACUAGGCCUAUCAUCACCCAAACACUCCACAUUCGUGAAAUGAUAAUUAGCCAGCUUUGAAGGGGAAGUCCUGCCAGUCUUGCAAUCCAUCUGUCAACAGUCCUAAACUUAUGAUGGAGAGGAGGUUUUACUGACAAGGAGAUUUCCCUGAUAGGUUUGCUUGCUUGCUUGCUUUUUCUUUCCCCUCACUGCCCCAAUGUGAUGUAAUAGAGUCCUGGACAAAUUGUAAAAUAGACUUGUUAGCCUAAAUACAGUUGUACCUUGGUUUUUGAACAGCUUAGUUUUGGCUCUCGGAUGCCGCAAACCCGGAACUGACUGUUCCAGUUUGCGAACUAUUUUUGGAAGCCGAACGUCCAAAUGCCUGCAGCCAAUCAGAAGCUGUGCUUUGGUUUCUGAACGUUUUGGAAGUCAAACGGACUUCCGGAACGGAUUCUGUUGAACUUCCAAGGUACGACUGUAGUGAGUAGGGCUGAGGGGGAAUAUAUAUCCAAAAUAUGCAAGUAAUGGAAGUAUCAAAGAGCAAGCGCCUUGGCUAUCAGAAUAUAUUGCAAAGGCAUGGAAAUUCCCUUUGCCGUAUUCCACCUGAAAGGUUUCAAGCUCUGGUUUUAAGCUGCAAAACUGGAACGUAAUGGAAGGGCCAUGAAUCAGUUGCCAGGUUCAAUCCCUGGCAUCUCCAUGUAGGGUUGGGAGGGAAUCCUGAACCCCAGGAGAGCCCCUGCCAGUCAGUGUGGACAAUACUGAGCUAGAAGGACCCCCGGUCUGACUCAGCAGUUUUGUGUGUUCCCAAUUCAUUUGCAGACUUGAGCUUAUAGGAACUGGUAACAAUUUGCUCACUGCAGGAAAGAAGUUGUCUUUCUCUAUGCCUUUGCAAAUUCAUUACCGUUCUCUGUAGUACUGUGAGAUACCUUAUUUUCUAAUCCACGUACAUGGCAUUCUGAGGGCUGCCCCUUCUUGCUUUCUCUCUCUUGCUAAAAUGCAGCAACAUGUAAGGUACAAUUCCACAGUAGGGUGGAUAUACGGUAGGAUCUGAUAGUGGGGGGGUCAGUGUUUAGCUCUUAGGAGAUAACAGCCACUAGCCCUUAUACAGCAGUGAUACUGUGGGAAGCAUGUUAGGGAGGUGGCUGAGCAAUUUUUUUCUCAGCUUGGCCUUGGGCUCCUUGCUCCUCAUAGCCAGAUCCUAAAACCAGGAGCAAAAUGAUGAAAUGACGUAAAACAAGUUAAAUAAUGAAGGCAUUGUAAGGCAUUCAUUCACAGCAUUUUAUUUUGCAUUCAAAUUUAUUUAUGGUAAUUACGUACCACCUAACUAAACGGUGUCCUCUAGACAAUUCACUAAAUCAAAUAAGAUAAGAAUAUAAGAAUCAAAACAAAAUUUGCACCAGCACAAGAUUAGCAUGAAAGCGGCGUAAGGCCUGUCUGAAGAUGGUUUGAUGGGAAAUAACUUGACCUAGUGCUUCUGUUUUGCUCCCCGCAGAGUCUUCCGAUCUCCAGCCAGAAGAGCCAGUUUCCUUCUUCCAAAGCUUGAAGCUGGUGAUGAACUAUGGCCCCUACGUCAAGCUGAUCGCUGGCUUACUCUUUACCUCUCUGGCCUUUAUGGUAAGGAAACCAUCUUUUACAUGCACACACCUCUCCCAGUGAUAAAUGCACCGUUACUACCCAGCUUCAGAGCUGGGGUCCUUUCUCUCCUCAAACUGAGGUGAGGUCUGCCUGUUUGAGGCCUCCCCACCCCACCUUGGUGACCUUCUCUCCCUGAGAGGAACAAAAGUUCCCAGGUGAGCACAGAAUUUCCAUUUCCCCGAGUGCUUAGAACGUUGUUGUUUCCUUGAUGGGGAAAUCCUAAUCCUGAAAUCCACAACAACACCUAGCCAGGUGGCACUUGGGAUUUGCAUCGGUGAGCCCUGUGUGGAAUUUGCUUGUUCCUAUGUCAUGGGCUGCCUUGACCACCUCUAUUUAAGAUGAUGAUUUUAUAUGAUAUCUCUAGGCGGCCAGCCAGUUGGCUGAAUUAAUUAAUAUACUGCCCUUCAUCCAAAGAUCACAGGCUGGUUUAUUUCAUUGCAGCCUUCAGACUUACUGUUUUUCCUCCCUUGCCAUGUGGAUUCUUUCCAGGUUUGGCAAAAUAAAAUGCAAGCCUUACAGUAUUUGUCAACUUUGCUGGGAACCCUGUGUUGGGAUUGGUAGCUAAGAAGUCAGACAUAAGGCUGGAUUGCCUAGUAUAGGUCAUAACACGGAGAGUCGUGUGCUGUUUUAGACAGAAUAGAUUGGUUCAGGAGUAUUCUUGUUAAAAAGGGGAUAAGUUAUAAUAACCAUAAUCUGCCAGAAGGGUUUUUACGACAACUGUUGUUGGAACUCUUUCCAGAAAUGGAGACAGAACACCCACAAAAUCUGAGUUAAGAGUGAAACCUGGGUCAUUUAGUUAAAUAAUACUCGGGUUGCCUUUUGGAAACCUGGGUUGGUAAUAGGAAUGCCACAAAUUGUUAAACUUGAUCAGAGACCCACAGAGAAGCGUGUUGUGUGUCCUAGUCUGUCUCCUGUUUCUUGAAAGCAAGUGUGGUGUUAGAAGGCAGAUUGCAAAAGAAGAAUAACAUUUUAGUUCCCAUUGAGUUGAUGGCACUUUUCUGACUAGAUUUGGGGAAGGACCACUCAGCUCUGUUUCUAUCAGUAAUACAAGAUAGCAUCCUAAACUGAGCAAAUGACAAGGUAAAUUAGUUUGAAACAGGCAACUAUAUGGCAGAAACCAGGGCAAGAUGUCUACUAGCUAGAAUGUUAAUACAUACUAAGGCCUCAUAUUAAGGACUAAGGUUUAACAAAAAGAGUGCUGUGAAAUGGGCUGCUCUCAAAAGGAGGAGCAGAGGAAAACAGCUGGGCUUAAUUAAUUAACUGAGACCUAGAUCUAUUUCUGGAUUAUAGACACAUUUGUAUAGAAGCAAUCACCGGACAAUUCUGAAGAACUUUACCAGAGGGUGUCUAUGGGUCCUUAAUACCAGAUUCUUGCUAAAGAGGCAAACUUCUUAACCUUUUCUGGAAUCUGCUCUAAUAGCAACAAGCUGCAAUAGCAGCAAUGCUGAACUUGCUCCUUGGCUGAAUACUUCUCAUUUAGCUUUUUUUUUACUUCCAGCUCAAUUGUGAAUAGUGACUUUUCUUCUCUGGCCUUGGGGAAUCUGCUGAAUUCUUCCACUUUUGUUAGCCUUCCUUCCCCUUCACUGUGGCAGUCAUCCAGUAGCCUUCUCGUCUUUUUCUCUCCCUCCUCCACACACACACACACACACACACACACCCCACUGCGCCAGGUUCCAAUACAGAGGUUUAUUUUUAUACGCCUCUGUUUCUGGAGUUACCGUAUUGGUCUGAAUAUAGGCUGCACUCCCCUGCUCCCCCGCCCGCCCCCACCAAAAAAUCUGGUUUGUAUAAACCUCAGUGUAUACGCACACUCUUAGAGGAGCUGUGAUUUAAGGUAUCUUUGGGGCAGUGUUAGAAACUCAGAUAUAUAAUCCUAAUUGCCAAAUACCAGCUUUAAGCCUAGGUUACGGUCACCACAAUAGAAUGUCUAGUAGACACACACAAACAAACACACACACGAUGAAGGUUGUUCUGGUUCUUUCAUUUCUAUACAGCUUUAUAUUUUAAAGUACAAAUCUCAACGUGGUUUACAACACAUUUUAAAAAAUAAAAUAAAACAAUCCAGGAUAAAACUAAUUCAUACUUCAAGGAAAAUAUUUCACAUCCUUCUCUAAGUGACAUUUUGCUUUCCCUAGUUGCUGACCUGGCAUCCAGAGAUCUUUGUGGCUGCAAUUGAGCCCAUGCCAGUUACAAAAUGCACCAGACGCCUGGCUAAUUUAUAACACUGUUUAGGGACAGCCUAUAAUUGGGGAUGGCUUAUAUUCAUACCAAUAUGGUAUGUUCAGGAGCUCUCUCUCUCCACCUGUCCCAUAAGUGCACUUAACAUUGCAGCUGGACCUCCACCCCUUAUGGGAUGUUGGCAAGCCAGUGAAGUAUAGUGGUUAGAGGGUUAGACUAAGACUGGGGAGACCCAGGUUCACAUCCCUGCUUGGCCUUGAAGCUCACUUUGACAGUCUCUCUCUCUCUCUCUCUCUCUCUCUCUCUGUCUAGCCUACCUCACUGGGUAGUUGUGAGAAUAGAUUGUAUAAGGGGGAAAGAGCUAGAUAUGCUGCUGUGAGCUCCAUAGAGGAAAGACAGGAUAAAGAUGUUACUUCAGGCAGAAAUCAAGAACCUCCCUCCCUGUCUAAUGAGAUUUAAUGAGAGUUCCUAGGAUCUCUUCCCUUAAUGUCGGCUGUUCCACUUCUUUUCAGCUGCUGGAAGGCAACUUUGCUUUGUUCUGUACGUACACCUUGGGCUUACGCAAUGAGUUCCAGAACAUUCUUCUGGCCAUCAUGGUAUGUAUAUGGCAGUCAGCAUGACUACUAGUCACAUUUCUCUUGCUCUUUAUCUGUUGCAAAAGGGAGCUCUUUUUUGGGGGGGAGACCUCUGUCGUGAACCUGCUUAAGUGGUUUUGGGAAAUCCAUUUCAUCUUAACCUCUGCCCUCAUUUUGUUCAGGUUAAUGCGGAAUAGUUGCUUUUUACAAAUUUUAAUGUUGUUCUCCUGCCCUCUGCCCCCUGCCCCCACCUGCAACUUCCUUAGUAGUCAUGUAAAUGGCUGUACCAGCGUAGUUUCAUGGGAGGGGUGAGACCCAAAUUUCCAGCUGGAAUCCAAGUGGCAGCAGUUGACCUCCAGGUAAUCAGUUUUUCCAGACAAUAGGAUACAGCAGCACAGAAGUGAAGGUCUGUAGCUGUUGGCCUGUGUGUUGAGGGAGAAGGCUCUCAUGAAUGGAAUUCUCCUUUUUAUUUUUAUUUCUUUAUUUUAUCUAACAAUAUUUAUAUACUGAUCGAUUGUAACAGAGCCUCUAAAGUGGUUUAGCAAAAAAAUUAAAAUGAUCAAUAAAUAGAUGAAAACAAGUAAUUAAAGCAUUUAGAAAACAAUUAAAAUCAGUAGUAAACUAAAAGGAGAUUAAAACAGUGGUGUGUCUGGAUGGACUUGCGUAAACAGAAAUGUUUUAAGCAGGCGCCAAAAAGAGUACAGCAGAGGCAGUGAAUUCCACACUAAAAAAAUUAUUUUAUACAUGUGCAGAAUGAACAUUGUGUGACAUCCUAUGUGUGGGUGUCCCAGGUUAUUUUGUAAAUACUCAUGCAUGCCAGUGUUGGGGAAAGCUGUAGCUUUCCAAGCUGACGAGAACUAACGGUAGAAGGAGUCUAAAAUGUUAUUGAGGGCUGUAGGUUCCCCAUUAUUCUACUUAGCUAAUACUCACUUUGAAUAUUGGAAGGUAAAGGAUGCUGCCUUUUGAAAAGGCUGCUCUCCUCCUGAGCAGAAAUAACUGGACAGUUGUACCCUAUGACUAUGCAGCUCUGUAUCUGUUUAAGGCAUUUUGGGGAAAUGUUGAAGAACUUUGAUUUGGUUUGCCCAGCAACUGAACACCAAACUACCACUGAACUGCAAACCAAUAGUAAUUGAGGCACAUCCGGCAAUAAACCGGUCUUGAGCUGCCAGGGUGCAAAGAGUCCAAGGAGUACGUGGAAGUUGGAGAACUUAGCCACACACUCCUUGGAGAGCCACCAUAGAAGCAUUUAAGCUGCCUGACAAUUGUGCAGGAGUUGGAGGAAGCUAAAGGAUGGGCAACCUUAGGGAAGGGAAGGGCAGUCACUUUACAUGGUUCCUGGAACAGUGUGUUCUUUGUUAGGCAUUUGAAGGAGGCCAUGAAAAGGGACGGAGAAUAAAAGCCAUGUGAGCCUUUUGUCCCAACCCGGCCAUUUUUUCUACCCUUAAUCAUGAGAAAAAAGGAGCCUUGAGUGUUUAUCGGAGAGAGGCACUGAAUGAAAGGAAUGGAGCCGAUUUGUCUGGGAAAGCCUUUCCAGGCUGAUGGAUGUGAGGAGGAGGGGUGGGGGUGGGGAGCAGGCAGUGGGGGGCAUUGUGUUGUGCCAGGCUAGAAAGUAAGUGAAGUGAAGGGAGAGGGAAGAACCCCCUUCCUCUCUAUGCCUUUAGGAAACACAGGGACUUGAAAGUAAUUCAGGCAGUAAUAGCACGGUGGGCAAAGAGGCUCUGUUCUGCUUCUCCAAGCUCACAAAGGAGUCAAACUGUGGCCUGAUGCAGACAUCGUAGCAUAGUAAAGCCCCACCAAUAACUUGCUGUCUUCCUCUUCCUUCUCCUGUGUGUCACAUUUACAAAAAGGUUUGAUUGCACUGGUUGCAGACAACUGUUUUGCCACAUGCUUUCAUCUGAUGGCGCGGUAAAAAGAAUAUUCCUUUGCAACCUGGCAGCGUGGUACUGACUACCGUGCAAUGGUGUUGCAUUUAGCUGGGGGGGGGGGCUCUGUCAGCUUUCUCUGUGAAGCAGCUUCAGGGUAGGCCAAAUCCUGAGCGCAGUCUGGCUUUCGGUUUACCUCCUCCCCGCCCCCCGCCAAUGGUCUCUGUUUUCUCAUGGCUACAGAAAAACUCAAAACUUUGGGCAGGUAAAAUGCCAACUUUUUUGAUCUGUUACCAGAUCCAGUGAUUCACUCUUAAGCCAUCCUAGAAAUGCAAAACACACGAAAGGAAAUGGUGUAUUUUGAAGGUGCCAUUGUUUCCCAUAUAAAGUACUUCUGCACAUUAAUGUUGUAAGUGUUUGUAGAGGAGGUGCCAUGGCUUGGACUAUACCACUUCAAACAGGAGGACAGGAGAUGAUAGAACUAGAUACAGUGGUGCCUCGCAAGACGAAAUUAAUCCGUUCCGCGAGAGUCUUCGUCUAGCGGUUUUUUCGUCUUGCGAAGCAACCCUAUUAGCGGCUUAACGGAUUAGCGCUAUUAGCGGUUUAGCAGCUAUUAAAGGCUUAAAGGCUUAGCGGAUUAGCUGCUAAAAGGCUAUUAAAGGCUAUUAAAGGCUUAGCGGAUUAGAUAAAGGGGGGGGAAAGCGAAAAAAAAAUCUCAAGACUCGCAAGACAUUUUCGUCUUGCGAAGCAAGCCCAUAGGGAAAUUCGUCCUGCGAAGCAACUCAAAAACGGAAAACCCUUUCGUCUAGCGGGUUUUCCGUCUUGCGAGGCAUUCGUCUUGCGGGGCACCACUGUAGAUAGAUGAUAUAGAUAUAGAUAUUCACCACAUUGCUAAAAAAAACAAUAAAGUUUCUUUUCUUUUAAAAUGACACAUUCAGGAACGUGCAUUACUGAGGCCUCAUCCAUAUUAUACAUUUAAGACAGUAUUGCACCACUUUAAACAGUCAUGGAUUUCCCCAAAGAAUCUUAUAGGUGCAGAGAGUUGUUAAGCUCUGGGAGGGGAAUGAGUCUCUUAUUCCUCCCACAGAGUUCCCAGAGCGGUUUAACAAGCAAUCCCUCUUCCCAGGGAACUUUGGGAAUUGUAGCUCUGUGAGGGGAAUAAGAGUCUCUUAACAAUUCUCAGCACCUAUGAGAAACUAGUCCUCAGGAUUCUGGGGGUGGGGUGGGGGGGUGUAACCAUAACUAUUUAAAGUGGUGUGAUACACACAUUCUGCAGAACAGUUCCUAAAGGAAAUUGCUGGUUUUGAAGUUAAGCAGGGGCAGCAUAUGUAGCACACCACCUGGAGCAGAACAGGAUGAAUUGGAUGUUUUGGAGAGGUUGGAGAUGAACGUUAGAGAAGUGAGUGGGGAAAACCUGAUCCAUUUGCAUUCAAGGAGCCAUUACAAACCCUGCGUGGAAUGCUGAGAGUGUGUCCGGGCCGUUGUGGGGGAAUAAAAUGAACAGGGCUCUGGACUAUUUGGAGAAGAGCUCUGAAUAUUUUGGAGUGGAGGGAGGCGCUGGUAAGAAAGGGCCUUGAUGUAUCUGAAUACCAGGUGGUGACUCUCCGUGCCGUGUGUGUGUGUGUGUGUGUGUGUGUGUGUGAGAGAGAGAGAGAGAGAGAGAGAGAGAGAGACAGAGACAGAGACAGAGACAGAGACAGAGACAGACAUGGAUGUGUGGCCUCUGUAAGGCAGUCCUGAAAAGUAUGGUGUUUGUUUUUGUGUUUUCAAAAAGCUUCUGCUUAAUCGGUGUGUGGUCUCCUGCAGUUUUACUGUGUUAAUUUGACUUGGCUAGCAUAUUCAUUCCUAUUCUUUCCUCCCCACCCAAAACAUGUGGCCUGGGCAUUUGCAGCAAAUUCAUAGUCUGCUUAUCUAGUGAGAGUUUAGGCCACCCACCCUUCCCCCCCACCCUUUUUAGGACCUCGUGGCCAAGUCGAAAUUGAGGAAGAAAGUAAAAAUUAGCUCCAUAUCUUAUUUUAGAGCCAUGCAAGUUUGGGAAAUAGUGUGUGUUCCUAACCCUGGGAGGGGGUGUUCAUGGGCUCCAGCCCAAUGACCUGCAGCACUUCCCCAUGCUUCCCCCCCCCAUAUGCCCCUUGCCCAGUGACAUCACACACAGCUGUCUUACAGAACAGCCUUUGCCGGCGUAGUGCCUUCCAGAUGUUUUGGAGCACAAAUCCCAUAGAAUGAGAGGUGUUGUAAUCCAAAGCAUCUGAAGGGUGCCAGGCUGGCAAAGGCUGUUCCGUAAUCACUCCACAAAACCCGCCUUUUUCCAUUAAGCCUUUGGCUUAAACCCUUUAAUCCUUUUGACUGUAACCAAACCCAAGUGCUGUCCUGGGAAAGGGAGGAGGACAUGGACCUGUGUCACUUUUUUUGCUUAUGGAACUCUGUAUAAAGUUCAGCGUCCACAGAUGGAGCUGUAUUAUAUAAUAAUAAUUUGCAACACCAUCUCCCUGUGGUGUUUUGGGACAGUGCUGCUGAGAGAGGCUGUGCCCCUCAUCCAUCCUCUCUCAUCCUCAGUAGGAUAUUCAAGCUUCCCUUAGUUCUAGCCACAUGCUUAGCUUUGCUGGAUGCCGCCACCGGCUGUGACCUCAGCCCCUCAUUGCGUGUCCCUUAGAGAGGGGUGUGGAGCAUGUUCUGUCAUCCUCAUGGCCAGCUCUCUUGGCCAGACUCCAUCCAGUUCACGCCCCCUUUGCAGAAUCAAAACUUACGCCAAUCCCUGAUACGUAACAGACUCUGCCACCCUUCAUUUCUCCUCUCCUCUUCCCUUUCUGACUGCAUAGGAACGUAGGGGCGUGUUCUUGACAUGCCACCAACAAUUCCUGUCCUGUCCUAAGAAGAGGCAAGGGCAGAGACGCUGCCCUGAGAGGAACUUUCAUGAGGAAAAGGAACUUGACACUGGCUGAGUUCUUGUGGGGAAACUCAGUGCUUUAUAAGCCUUGCGGAAUUCUGGCAUUAUUGCUAUAGAACGCAGAAAUAAAGAACAUCACCAAUCAAAUCUAGUACACAGGGGGCCACUUUAUCUAAAUUCUGUAACUCGGUAUUUGAACAAAUUGUACUAUAAAUUGGUAUUGUUAUAAUGAGGCUAUUAUUGGACUUUAAUUGAAAACUAAUAAACAGUUAUUAUAAAAAAGGAAGGGAGUUUCAGGCGUAAGGGGGCAGUGAAGGAGACUGGACAUGAUUGUUUGAGGAGACUAUGGUGGGACAGCUGAGGAUAGAAUUGGCAUUUGCGCUGGCUAUGAAAGAAGCCAAGGAGCUGGUGCAGCCAUUUGUAAAUGGGCAUCAUGUAACCUGAGCGUGUUUUUUGCCCUGCCAUUAUGCAACUGCAGGCAUUCCUAAAAAAAAAUUUCCCAUGAUCAUAACCUGCCCUGGGGUCCUUAGCUAUGUUUGCUGUCAGAACAUUUCCCCUUCUUUCUGUGCAUGCUUAUGAACGAACUGUGGAUUCCAUACGCAUGAUUGUGUUUGGAAUCGGGGUUUUAAGUCCAGGUUAAUCAAUGCCACAUCCAAGCGUGUGAUCUUGCAUACAUAGUGCCCAAGGCUCCCGCAGAGCUCCCUUGGAGAGGCUGUUGUGAAGACUGACUCUGACUGACUCGAGUAACAACUCUUCCUCCCUUCCCCUUCUUGUUGCUCUCUUGCAGCUCUCUGCCACGCUUACCAUCCCCUUUUGGCAGUGGUUCCUCACUCGCUUUGGGAAGAAAACGGCCGUCUACAUUGGAAUCUCGGUGAGUGAAAAAUCUCCAAGGGGAAGCACAAAGCCGACUUGAGGUUUUGUGCCUGUUGCCAAGCCAUGCAGGGAAACGUAGCGCUCAGAGCAAGUCUUUCCACUUGGUGCUGCUAAGCCUACAACAGCGAGGAAACCACGCAGCCCAAGUGGUCUGCCAAGCAGCUUCUCAAUGAGCUGGUCUAGAUCUUGAUAAAACUAUUAAGUCCAAGAACUGAACAUGCCAUGGAAUUAUGGGUAAACACUAUGGGCCUCUUCAAAGGUUUUCUCUAGAGGGCUGUUAGUGGUGCAGUGUUAGCUCUGUGUGUUUCCCUCUCUGAGAUGGCUGUUCUGCAGCAGAUCUAAGGCCUAUUGACAGUACAGGACUUGGGACCUCAUGGGGCUCCUUUACUUUUCCCCAAAACAAGGCUGUUCCAUUGUGGAAAGGCCUUGUCAAGGGGGAACAGACCUCAUGUGCUUGAGGCCUACUGACGUCAGUGUUGGGCUGUACCUGCUACUUUCUUCCUGUAAGUUACUAAGUCUAUUCACAGGGCUGGGCAACAUUGCAAUUGGCCUACAAAUCAAGAAAUGCAAUCUUCUCACAUCUUUUGUGGUGUUUAUGUUCUGGGGAUGGCGUGGAUACCCACAAAUGCAUAUAGACAUACCACCUCCUUGGAACCCCAGUCUUGCUUUCCUGAACCAGCACACUACAUGAGUCUUAAAAACGAGCAGAGAGCUUUUAAGUGUUCUGCUUUGCUUACCAGACGCUAGGAAGCUUUCUGAGAUCUUGGGAGACCCUCCCAGAGCCCGAGAAAGAGCCUCCCAGAGGCUGGUAAGCAAGGCAGAGAGCUUAAAAGAUCUUUCUGCACCAGGAGAACUCUGUGCAAAAAGAACUUUUAAGCUCACCAGUUUUUGCGCAUUUAAUUUGUUCAGUUUUAACCAGUUGGCCAUCAACCUUGUAAAGCUGAAAUCGCAUAAAUUAAACACGUGCAAGUUGUGAGGUAACUGUGUUAAUAUUAGCCCACCUUGUCCCUUAAAAAUAAAACUAUAUAUUGCAGGUAUAUAAAUGAAUAUUUGUAUACUGUUUUCAAGGUGCAAACAAUUAAAGCCUAAACUAUCAUGUUUUUUUUAAAAAAAUAAAUCUUUAUCCACUAUGUCUUGAGCCAAUGGAAACCUUCAAAUGAUUAUCUUUUUGACCAUUUCCUCUCUUGAUUCCACAGUCUGCAACUCCUUUCCUCCUCUUGAUCAUAAUAAUGGAAAGUAACCUUAUUAUCACCUAUAUAGUGGCUGUUGCAGCAGGAAUCAGUGUCGCUGCUGCUUUUCUUUUACCCUGGUAAGUGUGUGUGUGUGUGUGUGUGUGUGUGUGUGUGUGUGUGUGUUUGUGUUUAGUAAACAUAGUACUAUGUUUUCAGUGCUGAAAGCAGAUUAUGCUUCCACCCCACCCCCAAUAACUCCUAUGUUAUGUUGAAACUCCCAACUCUAUGUUGAAAUGUGGGUGGCAAAUAAUGGGGCAGCCCCAAAACAUGUUUUUCUGGUUAUCAUUGAGUGAAAAAGUGUGAUUUGUAAUUUAGGGAUGCCACAUUUCAGAGAGUGAAAAUCCAGUGACAAAUGUUGUUGAGCUUUUUGCAAAAUCUCAAAACAAAUUAAUUUUCUUAACCUAUUUUUUAGGAAAUUUGCUCAAAACAAGUCCACUUCCAACAUGGGUUGCCAUAUGUCCAGGUUUCCCCAGACAUUUUAGCAGUUUUCAGAAAUUCCCCCCAGAUGCUAUUUUUGGCGACCGAAUCCAGGAUAUGUCCAGGAGAACUCGGACGUAUCGCAGCCCUAUGUAAUUGGACAUCUUACUUCUUUGUUGUAACCUCCAGUUUGGAAGCUGAGGACAAUUGGGGAGAAUGAAAUGGUACUGACUGGUUUGCUUCUCUCUCCAUUUAGGUCCAUGUUGCCAGAUGUCAUUGAUGACUUCAACCUGCAGCACCCAGAUUCCACUGGCCAUGAAGCGAUUUUCUUCUCCUUCUACGUCUUCUUCAUCAAGUUUGCAUCUGGGGUGUCUCUGGGAAUCUCCACACUCAGUUUAGAGUAAGUCUUUGCCUGCCUGCCUCUUUCUCCCCUUUUUUAGAUUUGGUGGUAUAUAUAGCAGAACGCCAUCAUUUGAAGCAUUAUUAUUUUUACCCUGCUCUUCAGCCAAAAAGGCUUCCAGACUGGCUUUGUUUGAAUAAAAGCAAAGCCAAUCCCUGCCCUUACAAUAUAAAAAGAUAUGAUGCAAGAGGAAAUGGGGAGGAAGAAGAAGACUAUCAGAUGCCUACACCAUUUCUUUAAAAUUGCAUGGUAGUUUUCGUCAUGAUGGCUGGAAUGGAGACAUUUUAGGGAGAGGAGGAUCCUGAUGGAUCUACUGGCGAGCUAGUGAGAUCCAGUGACUAGAAUGCAUCACCUGGGAGCCCUGGAAUUCCUGGGCUUGAAGCUCUGUGUCACCAUUAAUUUCACAUACCUGUGUGCUGCAUUAGGCAGUUUGUUCUGUCUUAGUUGCAGUUCGCCUUCUCUGAAAUAGUGACUUAACUCACUAGAUUGUUCAAAGGAGUUACGGGGGCUGUAGCAGGAGUAUAUGUUGUUAAAAAGAAUGUUAAAAUUAUGUGCCCAGGCAGCCCAAGAAAAGAGUUAUGAAACCUGGUGUGUGUGUUGGCUUGUUUAUUGCAAUUUGAGGCAGUUUGUAUAAUUUAUUAUUUUGUUUAAUUUAUUCUGGUUUUGUUAACCUGGCGGUGUGGCAAGGAGCGACGCAGGGCUACAGGACACUUUACUCAGCCAUCAUAACGGUUCUUUCCUUGGUGUGUAGCUUUGCUGGUUACAAGACCCGGGGGUGCUCCCAGCCAGAGGAGGUAAACUUGACCUUGAAGAUACUGGUGUCGGCUGCUCCUGUGGCUUUGAUCAUCCUUGGCCUGCUCCUUUUCAAGCUGUACCCCAUUGACGAGGAGAGGCGACGGAAAAACAAGAAAGCCCUGCAGGAUUUAAGGUGAGACCCCAGAUGGCCACUUGGGGCAGGGGAGGGGGGGGAGUGCAUCUAUAACUUGGCAGAGAUGAGCAACUAUCAGACUGGGACUUUUCUCAUGGGAUGGGCUAUCACCCCCUAGCCAGUAGUUGCAGGAGAACAUUCCCUUGCAGAGAUGCUGUUGGCUCAGGAGCGAUUGCCACAGAUGCUAUGCCUCCUUGAUCCCUUCUGAGCAAAAAUGCUCACUGUAGUCUCAUGGGUUGAGCAUGGGAGGGGCUCCGGAGAAGGAUGGCUUGCAAAGGAUCUGGAAUCCCGUGUCUGUGUGAAGCUGCAGUGAAGGGGAGAGUGUGAUCUCAUGCUCCAUUCAGAAUCAGGAAGAAUCCCCCCACCCCCGCGGAAAACACCACUCCUUCAAAAUUCCCCGUUUGUGGCCAUGGGUUCAAAUUCUGCAAGGACAGGUGGCUCUUCCUCCAGAUGACCCUUUCCAUUUAUUGCCAAAACUUAAAAUAGAGCAGGCGUUUGAUGGCCCUGGGACAAAUGAGUGUCUAGUUUCUCUGAUGCAGCACUCCAUGGCAGGGUGUAGAGAGCUAAAUAUAAAAUGCUGAGUGAUCCUGAAUGUUGGUCCUUUAUGCACAAAUCAUUGCUUGGCUUCCUGAUAGUUCUGUCUUCACUUGCUGGGAUUCCUGACUGUUUAGAGUUGCCUCGGGUACCUUUUUUACUCCAAGAUUAGUGGUGGCACAUAACUGCCUGAUAGUUCAGAAGUGGGGGUAGCUCUAGUUCAGGGAUAGGCAACUGGUGACCUGUGAAUCGCAGUGGCCCACCAACCAGACUGUUUUCCUCUUUUUCUGAGUCCUUUCCAAUACUGCGAACCUCUUUCAUUCCCCAGAGGGAGGGACAUUUGUCACAUAAGCAGCAGGCUGUGCCUUACACUCCCUGUCGAGUCUGGAAGAGGGCACCAGGGGAGUCAUGAGCUGCGUCUUAACAAGCAACCUGCAUCUUCAUAAUGGGACAGAUUAAAGGUCACCUUUUAGGCAAUAGUGGAGGGUCUGCUGAAGCAGUAGCAGUCCCUGAUGCUUCCUAGGAGGUAAGAGAGGAGGAAUGAGGCAGGAGCAAGGUCAGCAUAGUGCAAACACACAGGAGCUCUGGAUUGGGUACUGACCUCGCCUUGCCUGGUACACACCAAACCUUCAAAGCACCCCCAAAAAGAAUCCUGGGAACUGUGGUUUACUCCUCACAAAAGCAUAAUUUCCAGCAACAUUAAUAAACUACAUUUCCCAGGAUUCCUGGGAUAGGCUGUGUGCUUUAAAUGUAUGGUGUGUACACAGCUGAAGGACACUUUUGCCUCUGGCAGCAACACCUAAUCCCUGUUUGGAAACUUAGGAAUUCAUCGUAGUUCUAUGGCAGUUGUUCCAUCAGCGGAAGCAUGUUGGCUUACCAGAGGGAACAAUCUUCCCUCUCCACCCCUCAUGCACUGUUCUGGGUUUCCCCCCAACACGAGAGAGAGAGAGAGAGAGAGAGAGAGAGAGAGAGUUUGGAUUUGAUAUCCCGCUUUAUCACUACCCAAAGGAGUCUCAAAGCGGCUAACAUUCUCCUUUCCCUUCCUCCCCCACAACAAACACUCUGUGAGGUGAGUGGGGCUGAGAGACUUCAAAGAAGUGUGACUGGCCCAAGGUCACCCAGCAGCUGCAUGUGGAGGAGCAGAGACACAAACCCAGUUCCCCAGAUUGCGAGUCCACCGCUCUUAACCACUACACCACACUGGCUCUCAUGGGAGGAUGGGGUGAAGCCCUAUUGCACAAGCAGAAGUCCUGGCAUGGGCUUCCACUAGCAGGACUCAUUAGUUGAAUGCAGCCCUUACAGCUGCAGUCUGUGUGCCUACUGCAAACCUGUGUGUGUGUGUGUGUGUGUGUGUGAGAUUAACAUAUAUUUUCCUUCUUUUACUUCCCCAGAGAUGAAGAAAACAACAGUAGCACCGAGUCAGACUCCACAGAGCUGGCCAGCAUUGUUUGACCUCGGCUUGCCUUGGUUUGCUGUUUACACACUGGAAUCCUUUGAAGGUGGGGAGGGGCUGCCACGGGGCCAUCCGCUGUGCAGGAGGGAUGCUGACUUACUUCCUUGAGGGAGUGCUCUAUGACGUCCUUCCAGACUUCUCUGGAGAGCAAACACUGGUACAUGCUACGUGGAAUUGAAGGAGCACCAACUGCAUCUGCAUGCAGGGCAAUGUGCAGUACUGCAGGAACAUAUCUCUUGAUGGAAUAAGUGCGCCACAAUUGUUAUUUAUUUUUACAUUUAUUUUUUGAAAAACACCUUUUGAGCAGUCAUUUUCUUUGGGUGUGGUUCGUUCCGCCUCUAAUCCGCCUGAUACCAAUGGCAUCAAGUGUGGUAAAGAAAAUUGCAGUACUGUUAAGGGUCUCUCCCCCCCCCCCUUUUUUUUUUAAUUUUAUCUUGCCACGGACCCGGAUGGUGCUUGUUGGUGUACAUUACACCAUUGGCAUGACCUUGCCAAACACAACCUCGUACUGUUCUCAACUGUAAAUAAGACACAACUAAUGUUGAAGCAUCCUGUGCUGGUGCUAUUUAUGUACAUGUGUAUUUAUAUAUUCAGAGAGCCUAAUUAAUAAAAAUAACUUAAUUAUUUUGUAAAUAUAAAACUGCUAUGUUUACCUAUUUGUAUAUAUCUGUACAGAAAGAAGACAAUGGACCUAUUAAUAUUAAUUUACAUUAAAAUGCAAAUGUGUCACCUG